AUGAAGGGCGCCUUUCUGACCGCUGCGGCGGCCCUGCUGGGCUCCGCCAUGGCUGACGGCCACCGUCGUCAUGCCCACGAUGGCUUCCACCACCGUCGUGGCCUCGAGACCGCCGCGGAGACCUGUGGCUGCACCACCAAGGUCAUCACCUACUGGGGCUCUCCUACUCUCGUCCCCACGACCCCCAGCCCGACUCCCUCCUCGUCGUCCGUCCAGCUCACCACGACGGUGAAGUCGACCAGCUACAGCACCGUGACGGUCGUGGCGCCUUCUUCCGCUGCGCCUGUGGCCUCUUCUUCUGCUGCUCCUUCGCCCUCCACCACUCCCGCGGUGCCUCUGCCAACUCCGGCGAUCACCACCUUCUCGACGCCUGGUACCUACAUCAUCCCGGCUUCCACCGUGACCGUGUCGUCUGAGACCACUGUUCCUGUCCCCACGACCACUGUCGUGCCCCCCGGCACCCACACCGUCGGCGGUGUCACCACCGUUGUCGAGACCUCGACCGUCAUCACCUGCCCGUAUGCCACCGUGAAGCCCUCGGGCUCGACUGUGACCAGCGUGAUUGAGCAGACCACCUACGUCUGCCCGUCGGCCGGCACCUACACCAUUGCUCCCAUCACCACCACGGUCUCCACCAGCACUGCCCUGAUCUACCCGACUCCGGCUACCAUCACCCCGGGCACCUACACUCAGCCUGAGCAGACCGUGACGGUCACCGAGAGCAGCUACACCUAUGUCUGCCCCUUCAGCACCGGCCUUGCCUCAUCCAGCACUCCGGUUGCGUCCUCUACCCCGGCUGUGACCUCCUCUGCUGUCGCUGCGACUAGCGCUACGGCGGCCCCGUCCGUGGCCGUGCCGUCCAUUGGCAUCUCCAUCGGUGCUCCCUCUGCUUCCUCGUCCAGCGCGGCUCCGGCCUCGACUGGCAGCACCGCUGGCAAGCUGUUCAACACUGACCACUACGGUAUGACCUACUCGCCGUACACCUCCACCGGCGCUUGCGCGGACCAGAACACCAUCGAGUCCGCCAUUGCCGAUAUCGCCUCCAAGGGCUUCAAGGUGGUCCGUCUGUACUCGACUGACUGCAACGGUCUCGAGUACGUUGGCCAGGCUGCUGCCAAGCACGGUCUGAAGAUGAUCAUUGGUGUCUUCAUCUCCAACACUGGUAUCUCCGGUGCUCAGGACCAGGUCAAGGAGAUUGCUGCCUGGGCCCAGUGGCAGCUCGUGGACCUGAUCGUUGUCGGUAACGAGGCCGUCUUCAACGGCUACUGCUCUGCCAGCGAGCUUGCCGGUUUCAUCUCUUCCUCCCUGCAGACCUUCAAGGCCGCCGGCUACACUGGCAAGAUCACCACGACCGAGCCGAUUGAGAUCUGGCAGCAGCAGGGCUCCGCUCUGUGCGGCGUUGUCGACAUUGUUGGUGCCAACGUUCACCCCUUCUUCAACGCCAACGUCAGCCCUCUCAACGCUGGUUCCUUCACCAAGAGCGAGAUGGACAUCCUCGCCGGUGUCUGCCCUGGCAAGAGCGACGUCAUCAACCUGGAGACUGGCUGGCCCACCGCUGGUAAGGCCAACGGCCUGGCUGUCCCUGGUAUCCUGGAGCAGCUCACUGCCCUGACCACCAUGGUUGCCGAGGUUGGCUCCCGGUCCGUCUUCUUCUCUUACGCCAAUGACCUCUGGAAGCCCCUGGGCGAGUUCGACGUUGAGCGGAGCUGGGGCUGCGCUGAUGUCUUCUAA